CACCGGCAACGAUUCCUCCCCCUUCCAGUCCCCACGAAUCUCUCCUUCGUUUCCCCAAUCCCGUACCACCAUGGCCACCCGUCCCACCGAUCACCCGCCGAUGGACGACGGCGACCCCUCCGCCGCCACUGCCUCCUCCUCCUCACCCGCCUCCGACGACACCUUUUUCGACGCGGUUGACUCGCUCCCCUCCCCUUCCUUUUCCCCUUCCCCUCCCCACACCCCCUCCUCCUCCACGCUCCGCCGCCGCCCGCGAAGCGCGAAAAUUCUAAAGCAGCCCGACCCCGUCCUCUCCCCUUCUCCCUCGGCCUCCGCGGCCGCCUCCACCGUCACUGCCGUCGAAGACGAGCCUGUAAAGCCCGACGCAUCCGAGGCCACCAGCGCCGCCCCCCGCACUGACCCACCCCCCGACGAGGAAGAGGAGGAGGAUGAAGCGCACGAGAAGGCCAAUGGUGCUGAUGUUGAGGCGGAGGCGCGUGCUCCUUCGCCGGCCCCGAGCAUUCUCGAGUAUCUCGCCGUGCUCGUCAUUAAAGCGGUGGUCUUCCAGGUCAGCGCGCUCAUCAGCUGCCUCGCGUUCCCGGUCCGGCUGCUGCAAUGGUGGUUCCUCUUCGUGACCGAUCCGCUCGGACUGGCCCGGCGCGCGAGGGCGUGGGCGCUCGGUGUGGCUGGCGACGCUGCGGGCGCUCUGACCGCGCGGUUUGGAGGUGGGGAGGGCGUGGGGAAGGUGGCGCAGAGGCUGGUGUGGGGGUCGCUCUGGGCUGCGUACGUCUGUGUGGUUCUGUGUGCACUGCUGGUUAUGGCAUUCCUGGGAGGGGGCCUCUUGGUGGGAAGAAUUGUGGAGAAGCCUGUUCAGGUGACCGAGACCCUGAAUUUCGAUUACACCAAGCCUAGCCCGGUGGCGUUUGUGCCGGUGCCGAGAUUGGUGCCUCCGAAUCAGCGAAUGCAGCUUGAGGUAUCGCUGACGCUGCCAGAAUCCGAUUACAACCGGAGGCUUGGUGUUUUCCAGGUAAAGGCAGAGUUCCUAUCUGCAGAUGGCAAAGUGAUCUCAACUUCAAGUCAACCAUGCAUGCUUAAGUUCAAGAGCGCUCACAUGCACUUCAUAGAGACAUUUCUCCGAAGCGUCUCCCUCUUGUCUGGCUAUUCCUCGGAAUCCCAGGUUAUUAGACUAAAAAUGAGGGGUAUCACUGAGGGUUUGGAACCAACAACGGGAGUCAGGAUAAUCCUAGGACAAAGAGCAGAGUUUGGUCCUGGUGCGGGCAUCCCGGAGAUCUAUGCUGCAUCACUGAAGCUUGAGGCUGAACUCCCUCUUCUCAAGAGAUUACUCUGGAACUGGAGAUGGACCCUUUUUGUUUGGAGCAGUAUGGGGCUCUUUGUUUUCGAAUUGCUGUUUACACUUGUGUGCUGUAGACCUUGUAUAUUCCCCAGGAGUGGGCAUAAUGUUGCUGCUCCUUAGGUUAAGGGGUGUUUGGAUCUUUAGUCCAGAUUAAAAUUCAUGUCACAUCGAAUAUUCGAGGAUUAAAUAUGAGCUAAUUAUAAAACUAAUUACACA